AUGGUGGCUAUCUGUGGUCUUUUAUCAGCGAAGGACAAGAGCAGCGUAGCAAAGUGGGAGAAGACCUAUCAAAGCCUUGGUGCUGAACUAGAAGGAAAUAACCAACUCUUGAGCAUGAAGAAAAUAUUGUCACUCAGUUACAUUAAUUUGCCUCACUAUCUAAAGCUUUUUUUUUUGUACUUGAGUGUAUUUCCAGAGGACCAUCUAAUUGAACAUUGGAGAUUAAGUUGGUUAUGGAUAGCAGAAGGAUUUGUAGAAGAAAAAAGAGAAGCACCUAUAGAACAAGUUGCAGAGGGCUACCUCAAUGAGCUCAUCAAUAGAAGCUUGAUUCAAGUGGCGAAGAUAAAUGAAUUGAAGCAAACCAUGGCAGUGGCAUUUGUACCAAGAAAGAUAGGGAAGCUGACCCAACUGAAGUCAUUAGGCAUUAUAAAGUGGAGCAAGUUAAAAGAUGUCGGUCCACUACAAUAUCUUCAAGGUUUACCUAAUCUGGUUUAUCUUGAUCUUGUUGAGGCAUAUGAAGAAGAGGAAUUGUGUUUCCAGGCUGGUGGGUUAUGGAAGCUUAAGAUUUUAUUGCUUAGUGGAUUAGAAGGAUUGGGGUGGAUGAUAGUGGAGGAAGGUGCAAUGCCUCGUCUUGAAGAGCUAUAUAUUCAGAAUUGCAAAUUUAUGGAGGAGUUGCCCUCAUGCAUUGAACAGCUAACCAACCUUACAUUGCUUGACUAA